UUAUAUAUGUAUAUAUAAAAUAAUUAAUUGUAUUAAAAUAAAUUAUUUGCAUAAAUUGCACUAUAAUUUUUCUAAAUUUGUUAAAAAUAUAAUUGCACAGAUGAGUAGAUGGUAAUUUUUUUACCAAUCACGUGUGUAACAUGCAAGGUCAUAUGUCGAUAAUGAUAUCACAAUUAUCUUUCGUUAAGUUAGAUAAAUCCCUCGUUUUAUAAUUUUUAAUCAACUAAGAACAUAUUUUAGUUUUAAAAUUAUAAAAUGGCAUCUGUACGAAGAGAGAUUCUUCAUGUUCCUCCUUUACAAGAAAUUUGUCAAGUUCUGCAAAAUGGUUUACGAAAUCAUUUUGAAGAAGUAGAAGUUACAUCGACCAGAUGUCCCAAUUUGCAAAAGAAACCAUUCUUGUUAGCUGCAGAAGGAUUAUCUGGAAGUCCCCGUUUAGCUGAUGUUGGUGGUGUUCCCAAUCUAAUUCCGUUAGUUCAAAAAGAUAAAGUCUACAAUUUUCCUGAAGUAGCAAAACAGAUAGAUCUUCCAGAUGCCUUUAUUAUUGGGGCUGGAGCAGGACCUUGCCAUUACAUAGGUGUUAAUUCUGAGCUUAUGCCAAAUAUCAAGAAUGGUAAAAGUGUCAUCAAUAAGACUCAUUUUGCAAAAGUUGCCGAAGACGGUUCUUGCGACUUACAAUUGAUUAAGGAUAAUACAGAGUUUUGUUUAAUGGGAAAUUUGUUUGCAAGUGAAGGAAAGCCUGGUGAGGUUCUUAAGAUUUUUGCAAGAAAACGAAUAGGUUCUGAUAAUUUUGUUACAGCCAUGAGAAAAAUUUUAGCAAAUCACUAUAAGGAAAAGUCUGUUGGAAUGGGUGGCGUUUUCCUUAUAAAUAAAGGAAAAGCUAAACUGCAUGUUAUGCCUGAUUUUUCUACCAAACCAUUGAACACUGAUGAAGAUGUAGAUAAUUGGUUAAAAUUUUACAACAUGAAUGCACCUUUAAUAUGCUUGAGUACUUUUAUAUCUUUUGACCCUGGCUUAGAUCUUCGAGUGGAACACACGCAUUGUUUCAGCGAGCAUGGAGAGGGUGGUCAUUAUCAUACCGACACCACUCCAGAAGAAGCGGAGUAUCUUGCUUAUUAUAAUAUUGCAGAAUAUAUCUAUCGCAUCGAUCCACCCAGUCAGACGCACAGUGUGGGUCGGAAUUAAUUGCCCAAUUUCUUUGCCAUGAUAUUCAAAUAUAAUUUUUCUUUAUGAAUAAAGUUGUUUACCUGAUAUCCUGGAUAGUUAAACAAAGGAAUUAAUUAGAGAUUAAGAUUUCUAUUAUAAAUGAAAUCUUAUUUUAUAUAUAUAUAUAUAUUAUAACAUU